AUACAAUAGUUCAUAAUCAAGACCCAAGAAAGUCACUUGAAAACAGUAAAUAAACUUAACGAACUGAUCUUUUUUUUAUAAAUUGUACGAAUUCAAUAAUUUAGUAUAAUUUUUAAAAAUUAGAUUAGCCAAAAAUAAAAGAAUACUUAGGUAUUUAUAAUUGAUUUAAAAAAAAAAUUGUAAUAACACAGCAUUAGUAUAAUCUACUGAGGUAAUAAUGAAACUUUUUGGUUUUUUAAUAUCAUUUUUCAUUGUGAAUGUUUCGACAAAACUAGCCUUUUAUAAGAAGAUGGUUUUAGUUACAAACGAACACAUAAAACUUGCUUCUGAUAAGAACAAUUUUACCAUAGGACAGCAAAGGGUUGCAAAUGGUUUGGAACAUGUAAUUUUACAACUUGUCGAUACCAUAGAUCCGAAAAAUACGCAUCGUGAUUCAGUUAUUUUCAUUUUGAACAACAUGUUCGCUGUGCUGGUAUGGGACUUCAAAGAAGAUCUAGGCGUACUUGCAGAACACCAACAAAGUAUUCAAUACAAAAUAGAAAAUUACUUAAAGAUUGAUAUUCCUAAAGUUACAAACCAAGAUUUUUACACAUUAGAUUUGGAGCAACUUGGAGAAGAGAGAAGAAGUUAUACGAGAAUAGCUUUAAACAAUAUUUUGAACCGGUUAAUAGAUUCUGAAAAAAUUGCUAGUAAUUUGACUAGUCGUAUUGAAGAGAGAACAGUUAACCCUACAAAAGUAAAACAAAAACAAAUCGCCCAGAUAGUUGAUUCUAAACGGAAAGUACCUUUAUUACUAAUAUGUCGUUUAUUGGCAGUGUUCAUCAGUACCAAAUUCCCAAAAUUACCUAUAACAGUAGUUCACGACCAACCGGGUAUUCAAGCUUGUUACCUAUAUGAUAAAUUUAAAACUUGCCAAGCAUACAGGGAUAUUAAUCGUGUAUGGUGGAUAGUCAAUUGUGAGAACUUUAACGUCACAAUUCGACCACUUAACUUAGAGCUGUUAUGAUAAUUUAAAUCAUAAAUAAAUGGUAUAACUCUUUUAAAAUUAUUU